AUGAGCUUUAGAGGGUUUUCGAAGAGCGUGACUCGGGCGCCGCAACAGUUCAAAGCCAAGUUCAAUCUUGGUGAACAAACCAAGGACCCCGUCUACAUUGACGCCGAGCGACGGUUCAAAGAACUCGAGACCGAGACCAAGCGCUUGCACGAUGAGUCCAAGAAGUAUUUCGAAGCCAUCAAUGGCAUGAUCAACCACCAGAUCGAGUUCAGCAAAGCCAUGUGCGAGAUCUACAAGCCCAUUUCCGGCCGCAUGUCUGACCCCGAUUCCCUUGUGGUACAUGGCAACCCCGAGGGUAUUCGUGCAUGUGAAGAGUAUGAGGCCAUAGUCAAGGAUUUGGGUGAAGCUCUCAGGCCUGAGCUCGAGAUGAUUGACUCGAGAAUUAUUGGUCCUGCAAACGAACUUCUCGACGUCAUCAAGGCCAUCAGGAAGACUGCGGUGAAGCGUGACCACAAACAGCUCGACUACGACCGACAUCGGGCAACGCUCAAGAAGCUGCAAGACAAGAAGGAAAAGACUGCCAAGGAUGAAAAGGCCAUGUGGAAGGCCGAGGGCGAGGUGGAGAACGCGACACAAGAGUUCAACUACUUCAAUGAUCUGUUGAAGGACGAACUACCAAAGCUUUUCCGGCUGGAGCGCGAGUUUAUUCAGCCCUUGUUCCAGUCAUUCUACUACAUGCAGCUGAAUAUUUUCUACACGAUGCAUGAGAAGAUGCAGCACUGUGAUAUUGGAUAUUUCGACCUGACUCAGGAGCUGGAGGAAGGAUUCAACCAAAAACGAGGCGACAUCCAGGAGCAGGCUGAGAAACUGUCCAUUGUGAAGUUCAAGACGACGGGACAAAGAAGACCACCAAAGUAUGGCCAGAAACCGGCGGCUCUCACUGGUCCGAACCGACCCGCGGCCAUCACUGCCGGCCCGUCCUCCUCGUCCUCAAUGACAACACCACAAAUUACCUAUGGCCAAGACGCAGAGGCAGAUCAGGCUUCUGCUUCCGCUCCUCCGCCAUACUCAGCCACCAGCAAGCCAGCAUUCGCGUCGGCCGCGUCUCCACCACUGAAAAGCCCGAUCUCUCCAGGACUGGCCGCCGCUGCUGCUGCGAAGUCGAAACCACCUCCUCCCAAGCCCAAGCCUAGUCGUCUGAGUGCCGCACCUGCAGGAGCAGAGACUGUGACAGCACUCUAUGAUUACUCGGCCCAAGCAGAAGGGGACCUGAGUUUCAGGGCUGGCGACGUGAUUACCAUUGUACAGAGAACAAAUAACGAUAACGAGUGGUGGACCGGAAAGGUAAACGGCAAGCAAGGCCAGUUUCCAGGAAAUUAUGUCAAGCUUGGUUAG